AUGAAAUUGGUGGCGCUAUCGCUGUUAUGCCUGAUAAAACCUACAAUAAGUGAGGACAAACGUCCAAUUCCUGACGAUUUUUUGGGCACUUGGAUUCCGUCGCACGAUGAAAAUUUAAAUAAACUGCUGGAGGCAAAACAAUACGGUUGGGCGAUCAGACAGAUCCUGAUGUUGAACAUGGUGAAGAAGACGUUUGUGAGGAAUAAAAGUGAGGGAUUUUGGGGUUGAUUUGAAGGGUUAGGCUUGAAAUUUGAUUUAUUUUGUGUAGGGUUUCUUUUGGACUGGGUAGAGUAAGGAAGUAAGGAUUGGUUUAAAAUUUCUUUAUAUCAUUGUGCUUAAAAGUCUUGUCGUUUAGGGAAAAAUACACUUAAAUAGACGACAAAACUUUUUUCUUUAUUUUUUUAUAAAGCUGUAAAAAUAAUUCUGUGCCCCUAAUCCUGAAAGAUUGUUUUGAGAGAGCACAUUAUUAUUUGAACAACUUAAUAGAUUUUCUUUACUUUAACUUAGUCUGCUUACUCUUUACUACUCUACUGUGUUGUACUCUUCUCUACUCCACUCUGCUCUAUCCUAUUUUACCCUAACCUAUUCUAUUAUACUUUACCUGACCCUAAUCUACGCUACAUCAUUUUAGACACAUUCAACAUAACCCUAACAACAGGACAAAGAGCUUCAUCAUGGGACCGUAUGCAGAUCAACAAGAUGUUCAAGUCCUACUACCUGGAUGGCCUUCGCUACUAUUUUCUGUUCGAUCGAAGUGAGCAUGGCCUAUUGUUGCAGGUGUUUAAUGAACAAACAUUCGAAAUCAAAGAAACUGUUCAUUUCCAGUACGAAGAGCCCUUCCUCCAGAUGUAUGUCACCUACAACAAUGUUACGGCUUGUAUCUAUCAUUACAAGGAUGAGAAGAGAUUGGAACCUAAAAUAACUUUAAUGGAGUUGGCAUAG